UUGUUUUUGGGUGAUAUAACCCUUUGAUAUUUCUUUCGAUUGGUGUGCUAGGGAACACCAAGUUUUCAUUUCUUUUUGAGCAGGUAAGUGUCCUUGGCCUGUAUUGGUGGCUGUUUGUUUUAAUGGUCUGUAUGUUAUUUGUGACUAUCAUUUGUGUUCUCUUGUAGGUGCUUGUUUUUGGGUGAUAUAACCCUUUGAUAUUUCUUUCGAUUGGUGUGCUAGGGAACACCAAGUUUUCAUUUCUUUUUGAGCAGGUAAGUGUCCUUGGCCUGUAUUGGUGGCUGUUUGUUUUAAUGGUCUGUAUGUUAUUUGUGACUAUCAUUUGUGUUCUCUUGUAGGUGCUUGUUUUUGGGUGAUAUAACCCUUUGAUAUUUCUUUCGAUUGGUGUGCUAGGGAACACCAAGUUUUCAUUUCUUUUUGAGCAGGUAAGUGUCCUUGGCCUGUAUUGGUGGCUGUUUGUUUUAAUGGUCUGUAUGUUAUUUGUGACUAUCAUUUGUGUUCUCUUGUAGGUGCUUGUUUUUGGGUGAUAUAACCCUUUGAUAUUUCUUUCGAUUGGUGUGCUAGGGAACACCAAGUUUUCAUUUCUUUUUGAGCAGGUGCUUGUUUUUGGGUGAUAUAACCCUUUGAUAUUUCUUUCGAUUGGUGUGCUAGGGAACACCAAGUUUUCAUUUCUUUUUGUGCAGAAAAAAUGUACGCUCCUGCAUGUGUGAUGUCAAUAUAUAUUGCAGCAGAAGCCCUACCUCCCCAACCCACGCCAGCACUCCCACCCCAACCGCAAGCCCCACAACCACAGCCGGCUCCUCAUCAACCAAGGCAACGGAGGCGUGCUAGGCCACCAAUUUUCAGAACCCGUGUCCUACUUUUUGGGAUGCCAGAUGAUGUGGUGGUGCGUAGAUACCGGCUGCCACCACAUCUAAUCCUAGACACUCUCUCCAUAAUAGAGAGUGAUCUGGAGUCUGAAAUUCGGUAUCCUACAGCAAUACCACCAUUGACACAAUUCCUUGCAGUGUUACAUUUUUUGGCUACAGCCUCAUAUCAGCAUGUUGUGGGAGACCUGGUUGGCAUGUCGCAGGGCCAGUUCAGUAAGGUCCUGCGGCGUGUCUGCCAGGCUUUCCUAAAGCGGGUGAAGCAGUUCAUUGAUAUGCCUUUGGAUGUUGGUGCCCUAGAUGUGGUGAAGCGGCAAUUUGCGGAAGGUGGUAGUCGCUUCCCACAUGUUAUUGGGGUUGUGGAUGGCACACAUGUUGCUAUUCAGCCACCAAGACAUAAUGAAGAAAUUUUUAGAAACAGGAAACUGUUUCAUUCUCUGAAUGUAAUGGUUGUUUGUGGGCCAUCCCUCCAGAUCCUUUCCCUGAAUGCAAAGUUUACUGGAAGUUCCCAUGAUGCAUAUGUCAUUAGACAAUCAGGGAUAUGGCAGAGAUUAAGAUCAAGUCAACGAGCAGACAUGUGGUUAUUGGGAGACCGUGGAUAUCCUUGCACCCCCUGGCUCAUGACUCCUUACCGUAAUCCCAGGCCAGGACCACAGAUGGCAUUUAACUCCGCGCUUACUGCCACUAGGCAGCUGGUGGAGCGCACAAUUGGUGUCCUUAAAGGGCGGUUUCGUGUGCUCCACCGCACUGGUGGCGACAUCAUGUAUUCGCCGGAGAUGGCAAGUAAAAUAGUGGUCCUGUGCGCAAUACUACAUAAUAUCGCGGUAAGGAGUAGUGUAGAGCUUCCUCAGGCAGAGGAAUUGCCUGAUGAGGAGCCAGGGGUUGGUCCACGCUUCGGUGGGGGGAGUGUGACACGGAGGGGGAGCCAAGUGAGGGCAAGAAUUGUUGCAGAAUAUUUCAGCUGAAUGAUCACACGAACUGUGGACAACAACAACGGCAAAACUCACCACCCCCUUCCCCUUCCCACUCCCCCUCACCUUCACACUCCCCCUCCCCUUCUCACUCCCCCUCCCCUUCUCACUCCCCCUCCCCUUCACAGUCCCCCUCAGCUUCCCAGUCCCCCUCAGCUUCCCAGUCCCCCUCAGCUUCCCAGUCCACCUCAUCUUCCCAGUCCACCUCAGCUUCCCAGGCCCCAU